AUGACGGCUACAGGUGCCUACAGAUUUCAGUAUGCAAGUGUUUGGGAUUAUAGGUUUAAUCAUAUCCCGCUUCCACGUGUCGAUGAUGAGAUGGGAUAUUCUUAUGUGCUUGGGCAGUUCGAUGUGAUACCAGCGUCAAGAAGAGGAGGUUGGGCUCUUGAACAAGGCUUGAUGUAUGGUGCGCCAUUUGAUGCUGCUGUAGGUAUAACAGACUCGACUAGAAACACGUAACAGGGCGUUAGCAACUGGCCUCUGUCACCAACUCCGUUUACCUUUGCUAUUUUGUUUUAAUAAUAGCCGUAGUAGGCCAGGGUGUGUAAGGGUGCCACAAAUUCUAAUGUAAAGUACUAUUUCUAUUUUUUAUUUAUUUAUACACGCUGGGACAGAGCUCGUCGAACUCAGUAAGAAUGUGUGUCUUAAUUUUUAAAACAGUUUUUUAUGGGUCAAAACAUUUAAAACACUUGCAGGAUGUAAAAUUCCAGAAAACGUUAGGUUAUUAAAAAACUUCAUUUUCUGAAUGCUGGAUUUAAUUUACAAAUUUCAAACUAAGUUAUCCUUAUUCAGUGUGUAGCCCGAUUUUUCGUUUUGUAAACCUAUCUAGUUUUAUGUUUCUUCAAUUGUUUUCUGAAUAAAAUUUGUAUUUUUGGCUCGUUAACAAUGAAAAUCGCGUUCUAUAGGCAAAAAUAAAAGAAAAAUCCAAUAAACGCACUUUCAGGAUCCUUGGAGGUUUUCCAAAAAAAGCCUUUAUUUUCGCAAUUGUUGUUUUGAGAACCAUCCAGAUCGAUAGAGAAUUGAAUUUUAAACAAAAUGAGACCUCUUCGAGCUUUCGAUAACGAACUGCGGAUGAGAAAUUUCAUCUGGACCUUUGAGGCACCGUUCACUUCCACUAAUACAGGUUUAUUCGGCCAUCUGAAUGACACAGAAAGCUCGAAGAGGUCUCAUUUUGUUCAGAAUUCAAUUCUGUAUCGAUCUGGAUGGUUCUCAAAACAACAAUUGCGAAAAUAAAGGCUUUUUUGAAAAACCUCCAAGGAACCUGAAAGUGCGUUUAUCGGAUUUCCGUUCCAUUUUUGCCUAUAGAACUCAGCCACAAUAAAUAUAAUCUUUGUAUUCAACGUCUCCUCACACAUAUUUACUUCGAAGGCUGAACGUUGUGUAACUAUCAUGAGGAUGGAUGUGCAUAGUUGUCAGAUGUUUUAUUUGUAAGUUGUUGAUUUUUUUUUCUGUUUUUAAGUUUAUCCAACGAUAUCUCUCUAAAACUAACUGAACAACCUUAAUAAUUGUUCUUAUUAUGCAGGUAGAAAGAGAAUGAAAUGUAUAUUAAGGAAAUAUGGCUUCUUUUUGCACCAGACCGAACGUAUUCUAUCGAGAGCCUUUUCUGAACUAAUAAAUAAUUUUAUUUAUGUAGUUAUCAUAUAAGCAUGAAUUUUAUGUUCACUGUAUUUUUCAAAAAAAAAAAUGAAAUCAUCACAAAAUAAAAAAAUGCUAAAUAUUGAAUCCACAUACUUACGUGCGUAAAAUAUAAAUACUCGGAAUUCUUAACACAGAUGUUUGGUUCGAAAAAUCGAGUUCUAUUUCCAGACGUCUUUACAAGUUAGAGCAAUAACUAUCACAGUAGAGCAGACUGAUAAGUUGCUAUUAGAUGAUGAAAUUGUGCGAUACAAUUUCGCAAUGAGUUAUUUCCAGUCAACUGCUUUUCUUGCAUUAUUCGAUGUCAUGUCGAAUAUAAAUAUAUAUUUGUCUCAAAAUGAAUAUACUGACUGUUUCACAGGCUUUCGAAGGUGAGAAACUGACGCUAAGAAGCCUUCUAAACUGAUCCAUCUUGAAUAUAUAUAC